CUGCCAACACUGCCUGGCAUUAUGUCACAGCAACCAACUGAGUUGUGUCAGCCUGGUAAAAUGAUAGCAUUCAGGUUUAUUGUCAUCAAAAGAGACAUAUCGAUAGAAAGUAGGAAGAAGUGCGAGUAUUCAGUGGUAUACCUCGUUUAUCCUCACAAUUAGGAAUGUAGGAGGUGAUUAAAUUGUAGUUACUAUCAAAGUUGAACUUAAAGCUAGUAUUUAUAAUGAAUUCUACCUAAACUAAAACUAAUAUAUCACAGUAAGUUAUCACAGUUAUUUUCCUAAAUCUAAUUGAAAUCUAACCUAAAAUUAAACUACAGUUACACCACAAAAAUGAACACUGAGGCAAGGGACAACACGAUUUCCCUGUAUGUGCGAAACCGAUGAUUCUUUUAGCUGCUUCGCACCCGAGCUACGGAGAUUGCGACCUGCUCAUUAGGCAUCGGAGAAGAUCCCCCCUCUUUGUUCCCGCAACACUAAAAGAAUCAUCGACACGAUGAGCGCUAUAGCAUAUAUGUCAACGGACAGAUAUUCGACCGAUCAUCCGAUACGAACGGGAAGCUGCGUCAAUAACUCGCGCUCCGCAAUCACUCGGUUUGACGGGAACCGCAAUACUCAUUUUGCGGUAAAUGAAUCCAACGAAAACAAAAUCUCCGCUCGUAUGGCCCUCCUCCUAAAACACCACGAAGAGCAGCGUGCACUUCAGCGACGCGUGUGGGAGGCGGAAAGACGGGCCUUAGAGCAGGAGAAACGAUUGAUUCGGGAAAAAUACAGUUUACUGAAGGAACAGUACUCGAAACGACGAGGUACGGGCAAACGAAGCCAGGUAGCCACUACUGCCGUAGAGUUCCGUCAUAACACAUCGUUCGAUCACAACGAACUACCUACCGAUAUCCGAGCAGCUGAGGCAGCUGUCGGCUCACAACGGCAAACUUCAAUCGCCGCAUCAAAACAGCAAGCGAACCAAUCGCAAACGGUGCCUGCGAAUCACACAAUCGAUUCGUCGCACACCGAUAGGAUUCAGCAGCGGAAUACCAGCGCGUCUCCUAAACCGAUUCCAAAUGAUCAUCGCAUAAUCAACGACAGCGGUGUAUCACACGAAGAUCACCCAACAAGGACCAAAACAACCGUCGUUCCUUCCACGCCGCCGGUGCUCCGAAGCCCAUCAAGUUUGAAGACUAGACCGACGAGAUUAAACAGUCAUAUUUACGAUCACCAUACCACAUCUAUUCUAUCAGCUUCGGAAGAAAACAACUGUUGUUUAUCGAUAGAAACCGAAACGGGUUGCAGUACGGAUGGGAAGCUAUUGCAAGCGCCUCCCAACUUUGUGACUCCGAAUUUGCCUGACCCAGCGCCUCCUCCCUUACGGUUAGAAGAAGGUUUGACAUUGUGCAGGAGAAACAGUGAUCUGGAUCUAUACGCAAAAGUGUUAAAAUUUAAUGGUUUGUUGUGUGAUCAGCUGCUGCUUAAGGAAAGGAAUGCGGCGUACCAAUGCAGACGUGAGAGCGACGGUGAAUGUUAUGUUCGAGAUGACGAUACGGUUGGAGGAAGUUUUGCAGCUAGUAGCCGAAGAAAGAUGAAAAUCGCCGGGCUGUACCAUCGUUGCUCCAACAUGCAAGCUGGAUCUCAUCCCAGAUCAAUCAACUAUUCGGGGGACAAUUUUCUUCGUCUACUAGAAUUGUCUAUCGACCGCCUUCGCCAUGAACCGGAUCAACACAAAUCAAUAUGUGCAGUGCUAAAUAGUUCCAAUGUUCUCCGACUUCGGUACACCAUAUCUUCUAUUCGCGGUAAAAAAGGUAAAUUCUACUUCCGUUGUCACAUUCGCCGUCGUCAGCCAAACUGCUCACGAAAGUAUCGUGAACGAAAUCAAGUGUUUUCUGAUGUUCAAGUAUCAGCUCAUAUCAGCCAAAAGCACACGUUGGAAAAGAAAUGUGAAUCGUUGGGAAUCUGUAUAAAACACUUAAAUGGUGAAGUGAGGAGGGGCAUAUUGGGCAAUACAGCGAGUUCGCCUGGGUUCAAAUAUAAAUUGGUAUCGGCUUCAAACAAGGAUAAUGCCCUGUUCGUAUUUAGUAGUUUCUGCGCCAGUUCACAAUCGCCGAUAUUAAUGCAAUUGAUUUCAACAUUCCUGGGACACUUAUUGGUUAUCGGGUUUGGUAGAAUGCUGCCUCGUCCGCCGAAUACCUGGACGUUUUCGAAAGUGCCAACAGCAGUUGUAGAAAGGCGUAUAUCAAACUCUAAUCAAACACAUCUAAAUUCAUUCACGACGCUCAAGUCGGUAUGGGCCGCGCCUUCAAUGAAUCGGACUUUAAAACUACUGAUGUUACAAGGUUCCUUUUUUCUAAAUGGAGAUCAGAAUGGCCAAAACAGUUUCAAUUAUCGUUUGGCUGAAUUUAGGAAGGUGUACCUUAAAGGAAGGUCCAAACGACUAAGGAGGAUAUUUGAAAUAGACGUCAGUAAACAGAUCGAAAAUCAGUUGAACGGUGACCGAUGUUAUCGACGUGCUGUUAAAAAGCUAGGCAUUCACUCGUUCUAUAGAGUUGACGGUAGCGAGAAUGAAGAAAGAGGAGAUGACAAACAACAGCAGUAUCAACAACGCUUAUUCAAAAGCAAACACAGCAAUGGCUGUGGCAGUUCUACAGCUAUUAGCAGCCACAAUUAUUGGAGGAACAAUCUAAAUGAAAGGUUUCAUAGUAGGGUGCAGUAUUGUGCAACAACCAUGAGUGGAAAUAUGUAUGUAACUGUACCAGUAAGACUAUUGUAUAUUAGUAAAACUGGAUCCACUGAGGUGGCCAGUGUUACGGGGGGGAGAAUGUUGCUGCCAACACUGCCUGGCAUUAUGUCACAGCAACCAACUGAGUUGUGUCAGCCUGGUAAAAUGAUAGCAUUCAGGUUUAUUGUCAUCAAAAGAGACAUAUCGAUAGAAAGUAGGAAGAAGUGCGAGUAUUCAGUGGUAUACCUCGUUUAUCCUCACAAUUAGGAAUGUAGGAGGUGAUUAAAUUGUAGUUACUAUCAAAGUUGAACUUAAAGCUAGUAUUUAUAAUGAAUUCUACCUAAACUAAAACUAAUAUAUCACAGUAAGUUAUCACAGUUAUUUUCCUAAAUCUAAUUGAAAUCUAACCUAAAAUUAAACUACAGUUACACCACAAAAAUGAACACUGAGGCAAGGGACAACACGAUUUCCCUGUAUGUGCGAAACCGAUGAUUGUAAGUUACACAGAACAUUUAUAUAAACCAGAUAAAAUGAAAUAAAAAUCAUAUUUACAGCUUUUAGCUGCUUCGCACCCGAGCUACGGAGAUUGCGACCUGCUCAUUAGGCAUCGGAGAAGAUCCCCCCUCUUUGUUCCCGCAACAGGUCCGU